GCUGGGCUCAUCAAAUCUAGGUUAUACUCAAUUAGAACAAACUUCCUAAAAUCUCACUAUAUCAAUCGCAGCCAUUAGGGUUUACUUAUCAUCCUCAUUCCUCAGUCGACGACGCCCUCACGCAGUAAGGCAGCUCAAGGAUGUCGCACAGGAAGUUCGAGCACCCCAGACAUGGGUCUCUUGGGUUUCUCCCAAGGAAGAGGGCUAACCGUCAAAGGGGAAAGGUGAAGGCUUUCCCCAAGGAUGAUCCAUCAAAGCCAUGUAGGCUUACUGGGUUCCUAGGUUACAAGGCUGGUAUGACCCACAUUGUUAGGGAGGUCGAGAAACCUGGAUCAAAGCUUCACAAGAAGGAGACUUGCGAGGCUGUGACUAUAAUUGAGGUUCCACCAAUGGUAAUUGUUGGAGUUGUUGGUUAUGUGAAAACCCCACGUGGUCUGAGGUCUUUGAACACUGUCUGGGCUCAGCAUUUGAGUGAGGAGAUUAGAAGAAGAUUCUACAAAAACUGGUGCAAGUCAAAGAAGAAGGCUUUCACUAAAUAUUCAAAGAAGUAUGAAUCUGAUGAAGGGAAGAAAGACAUUGCAACUCAGUUGGAAAAGUUGAAGAAAUAUUCAACUGUUAUCAGAGUCAUAGCCCAUACUCAGAUUAGGAAAAUGAAGGGUCUAAAGCAGAAGAAGGCUCAUAUGAUGGAGAUCCAAGUAAAUGGUGGAUCAAUUGCAGAGAAAGUUGACUUUGCCUACAGUUUCUUCGAGAAACAGGUUCCAGUUGAUGCUGUUUUCCAGAAAGAUGAGAUGAUUGAUAUCAUUGGAGUUACAAAGGGUAAGGGUUAUGAAGGUGUGGUCACUCGUUGGGGUGUGUCUCGUCUUCCUCGAAAGACCCAUAGAGGUUUGAGGAAGGUAGCUUGUAUUGGUGCAUGGCAUCCUGCCCGUGUCUCCUUUACAGUUGCCAGGGCUGGUCAAAACGGUUAUCAUCAUAGAACUGAGUUGAACAAGAAGAUUUACAGGCUUGGAAAGGCUGGAACUGAAACUCACACUGCUGAUACUGAGUUUGACAGGACUGAGAAAGAUGUUACACCGAUGGGUGGUUUCCCUCAUUAUGGUGUGGUGAAGGACGACUUUUUGAUGAUUAAAGGAUGCUGUGUUGGGCCGAAGAAGAGGGUUGUUACUCUUCGUCAGUCCCUGCUUACACAAACUUCACGUUUGGCUCUUGAAGAGAUUAAGCUUAAGUUUAUCGAUACAUCUUCCAAGUUUGGACAUGGAAGGUUCCAAACAACAGAGGAGAAGCAGAAGUUUUAUGGAAGACUCAAGGCUUAGUGAUGAUAAUGAUAUUUUGAUGACUGAAGUGGCCUUUCUUUUUCAUGUAUUUUAGUUUUUUAUGCCUUGUUUGACUUUAUUCUGGGCUGCAUUUCUGGAUUCUUACACCGAUUUUGUUCUUGGUUUUGGUCAUGAAUAUUAGUUUUCUCUGUUUAAUCAGACAGAAUUGUGUCGGUAUUGAAUGGCUAUUUAUAUUUCUUUGUUGUUGG